AUGGCCCAAGAGCUGCACGCCGCCCUCCUUCGCCCGGCAAUCCUCCACAUCCUGCGCGCCGCCGGCUACCACAGCGCGCGUCCAUCCGUCGUUGACGCCGUGUCUGACAUCGCCGCGCGGUACAUGCUGCUGCUGGCUCAGCGCACCGCCUAUCACGCCUGGUCCAACCACAACGAUGCCGUCCCUACCAUCUCCGACGUGCGCAUGGCCCUGACCGACGCUGGUUUGCUGGUCCCGUCUAUGACCGGCGCCGAGGAAGCUUGGAAGGAGGUCUUACGCAAGCCGCUCGACGACUUUCCCGAGCGCAACGGCUUGCGCCUAAAGGAACAACGCCGCCGCGAUCUUGAAGACACGGCCGACGUGCGCGAGUUCAUCGACUGGGUCACGGGUCCUGCCAACAAGGAAAUCAUGAGAAUCGCUGGCUUGGAACGUGAUGCUGCUCAGGGUGGCAAGGGCCUCGACGCUGCCGCGGACGCGAACGCCGUGAAGGAGGAUUAUCUGACCACACUCAAAAAGAAGCACAGCAAGACGGGCGAAGAGUCGAGAUUUCAAGGCACCGUUUUGGGCAUCCCUGCAGAAGACCGACCAGUUCGAAUCGAAGGCGGACCUCCGGAAUCCAUUCACGACUGGAUCAAACAGACGCAAGAGAGGGCUGCUGCUGCGGCGAAGCUAGAAAGCGAAAAGGCGGCUAGCAACGGCCACGGAACCGCACCGAGAUCACCGCCUGCCGAGAAGGAGGACGGUGAUCCAAUGGAUGUGGAAAGUUGA